AUGAUGAGAGCCGAUCAGUACAUUCUGACGGUCCAAGGUCAAGACUUAAAUGGUGCAUCAGGCGGAAACAUUGCAACCAGCACUGUUGUCAUUGAUGUCAAAGAUGUGAAUGACAACCUUCCCACUUUGGAAAAAUCUGAGUAUGAAGCCAGCAUUGAGGAGAACACGGAGGGAGUGGAGGUGAUGAGGAUCAAAGCAGAGGACUUGGACAUGAGGGCCACAGAUAGUUGGGAAGCCAUGUUUGACAUCGUCAAGGGCAAUGAAGCCGGAUACUUCAGCAUUAAAACAGACCCUGCAACCAACGAGGGCAUCCUAAUGCUCGACAAGGCUGUGAAUUAUGAGGAUGUGAAAAACAUUGAACUUGGACUGGCUGUAAAGAACAAGGCUUCACCUUAUGGUGGAUUUGGAGGGGCAUCCGGUGGUUCAGGUGGUUCCGGUGGUUCAAGCGGUUCCGGUGGUUCUAGCGGUUCCGGUGGUUCAAGCGGUUCCGGUGGUUCAAGCGGUUCCGGUGCUACAGGUGCUUCAGGUGGUGGAACCAUAUAUAACACCUAUCCCAUCAAAAUCAAUGUGAAGAACCAGCCAGAGGGGCCAAGUUUUGACCCCAAAGUAAAAGCUAUUCCCAUCUCAGAGGGAGGCUCUGUCAGCAUUAAUGAAGUAAUUGGCAGCUACACCGCAAUAGAUGGAGACACUGGGAAAGCAGCUGAGAAUGUCAGGUAUGUCAAAGGCUCAGAUCCUGACAACUGGCUCACAAUUGACCCAAAGACAGCUGAGAUCAAACUGAACAAGAUGCCAGAUAGAGAGUCUCCACACCUGAUCAACGGGACAUAUUUUGCUCAAGUACUCUGCAUUACAGAAGACAUGCCUUCUAAAACAGCCACUGGCACAGUAGCCAUCCAGGUGGAGGAUUUCAACGACCACUGCCCCACGCUAACCAGUGACUUUAAGACUGUAUGUACCCCUCAUGAUGCCGUUAUUGUGGAGGCUAAAGAUGACGAUUUUUUCCCCAAUGGAGCUCCUUUUGUCUUUGAAAUCAUCCCAGAGGGCACUAAGGGCAAAUGGCAGGUGGAGCACUACAAUGACACUGCAGCCAUUCUGAGGGCCAAGGAGUCCCUGUGGCCCGGUUUAUACGAGGUGACUUUUGUGGUGAAGGACCAGCAAGGGCAGGCCUGUCCAGAACCACAGAAAGUGACGGUCCAAGUGUGCACCUGUGAGGAUGGGGAGAUGUGUGGAGAACAAGGCAAAAAUGGUCAGAGCAAAAGAGACAUAGAGUUAGGACCUGCAGGCAUCGGACUGCUGUUCCUGGGUCUACUGUUGCUACUAUUCUUACUUCUGUUGCUGCUCUUCUGCAAAUGUGGGGCCGCCGCAGGCUUUACUGAGAUGCCUUUCGACACCAAAUCUCACCUCAUUAACUACCGCACUGAGGGCCAAGGCGAAAACACGGAGGUGCCGCUACUGAAUUUGCCCGUACAACAGGAAGCAAAUAUGGUCAUGGCUAAAAACACUUUUGCACAGGCGCCCAUGGCAGGUAUUGGUUUCCAAAAAUCUGUCUCUUCAAUGGAUGGGAUGAACGGAGCUCUUCAUGGAGAAGGUUUCACAGGAGCCCAGAGAGAAGAAACAUGGGGGAAUCAGCCUAGCAGCAGAGGAUACUAUUCGGAGUUUGAGAGCAGAGAAUCAGGAGGAGGGGGAGGAAUGUAUGAUGGCAUGGCUCUGCCAGACCACUUCCUGCGACAGUACUACGGUCAGAAGGUGAGAAGCGAAAACGAAAACCUUGGAGGGAAGGAUGGCCUUUUAGUUCAUGACUACGAGGGUCAGGGCUCCCUAGCUGGAUCAGUGGGCUGCUGCAGCCUCCUGGAGUCCGAGAAUGACCUGCAGUUCCUCGAUGACCUCGGCAUGAAGUUCAAGACCCUGGCUGAGGUGUGCGGAGGCAAGAAGAUCCAAACUGAGGUCAAACCAGCCUUCAUUCCUCAGCCCAGUCCCUCCAUCCACACUCACACCUCAGCAUCAAGUGUGAUGACCCAACAGAUGCCUCCUCCGCCCCAGGUGCAGCCGCCCGCCCCUCAGACUGUGGUCAGGGAAAAAUCUGAACAUUCUCAGGUGGUGAAGGACGGCAGGGCCAGAGCAAUGGAAGGGAUGACCACAGUGAAAACAGGGAGGACCACAGUAAAUGAAGGGAUGACCACAGUGAACACGGGGAGGACCACAGUAAAUGAAGGGAUGAUGAAUCAAGGCCAGAUGAUUUUGCUACAGCCGCAGCCGCAGCCCGUCUACUACACCACCGCCAACCCUGUGCUGCAGCAGAUGCAGUACAUGGUCCAGCCACAGGUUCAGAACACUGUGAUGCUGGCGGAGGCACCAACCUCUAACCUGCAGGGUAUGGUACUGCUCAACGGCACCCAGACUGGACAUGCCCAAGGCAUGGUGGUUCAGGGACAGACAAUGAUGUCCAGUGGGCAAGCCGGGGGCCAACGCAUGGUGCUGUUGGAUGGGAACGGUAUCCAUGGAAGUGGUGGCAACCUCAUCCACACUGGCAACCUUUCUGGCUCCCAGACCAUGAUGGUGGUGGAGGGGAACGGGAUCCAUGGAAGUGGUGGCAACCUCAUCCACACUGGCAACCUUUCUGGCUCCCAGACCAUGAUGGUGGUGGAGGGAAAAGUCCCUACAGGGACAAUGAAAGGGCAUCAUGGUAGUCAGACCCUCCUCAUGCAGGGGGGCACUCUGCAGUCAGGGGGGCUUUCUGGAUCUCAGAGGGUCCUGGUGGUCGGAGGGCAAAGCAAGGGAGGGCAUCUGGUCCAGGAGACAGGAGGUCUGUCUCAAAAGAAUGGCGUCUCUGGCUCUAAAAAGGUCAUUUAUAGCAAGGGCAAAACAUCUGCUGCCUCUCAGAGCAACGUGGUGACUUCCUCUAGCACCACAGAGAGCAAAACCCCCACCUACCGCAAGGUCAUGGUGCAGGAGAAAUUCAGUGAGUUAUAAUAUAGGAAUGGAAACUGUAAAAUAGAGUUCAAAUUUCCGGCAAUGCAGCCUCAGAUAUUUUAACAAGAGACAGAGUGUCUCAGUGUAUGUCAAUUUCAGUUUAUUUGUGGAGGGUGUGCGUUAGCAGUUUGACAAGAAAAUAAACUACAUGUAGACGCAUGUUCGUAGCUGCUUCUAUUUCACUAAAGCAUAUCCACCCAAGAUAAUGCCAUGAUAGUGCACCACUAGGCCUGUUUUUUUUUUUAUUAAAGAAUACAUUCAUUAUCACAGUUUUCUGAAGAAAAAGCACUUUACAACAAGUUUUUUUUUGUCAAUGUUUGGAUGGUUUUGGCAAGUAUUUUUGUGAACUUAUUCAGCACUUAUAGGGUAUAGGGUUAGCGUCAGAAAGUAUAGGGUUAGCGUCAGAAGUUAUGUGGCAUGCAGAAUGGACACAAGUACAUUUAGUAAUUAGGAGAUAGUCGAUAUUUUUAAUACAUUGAGCUCAAUGGCCACCUGCACAUUCCACCUCAGUAAAACAAAUGUAGUUUCAAGGUAGACUGCAUUACAGUCAAAAGUUAAGUUAUUCUAAACAUAUAGUCUUUUGAGGUGCUCUAUUUAAGUCCAAAGCUGAUUUCUAGAUAAAUCUUGUGUGUAUUACAAAAUUAAUGUUUGUAAAAAACAAAACAUAAAUUGUUUGUUCUGUUCAUUUGUUUCCACUAACUUGCACUUUGUUUUUUCUGUAAUGGGACCUGAUCUAAACAUGUUUCAUCUACUUUUACAAAUCUUUUUAUAUUCACACGAUUUUGAUAGUUGCUCUUGAAUGAAUGGUUAAUGGUAAAUGCUGGGUAGAAGGUUUUUUAAAGGCUCCCUGUCAUGAUGUUAUGUGUUAUUUAAUGUCAUUCUAAAAUCUAUAAUUGCAUAUUUUGCUAUGUAACGUUAUACAAUUUUUUUUUAAAUGGUAAAAACUAGGGUUGAUUCAGUUGAAUAGAAACAGAUGUGUUGGGAUAAAAAAAUGUCAAUGUAAAUGUCUGUCCCCGAUGGGAAACAUGUAUCUACCACUAACUUCAAUAAACAUUUCUACAAUUCA